GGACGUGGGGGGAAGCGAAAAGCCGCAUCAACCAUGUAAGCGUUGCUUCCUGUCGCCGUCGCCGGUCGCGCCGCGGGCCCCUGCACCGCCCAGACACAUGAAAUGGCCACAGAUGAUAAGACAUCACCAACAUUGGACUCUUCUAAUGAUCUGCCUCGAUCUCCUACUAGUCCCUCUCAUCUCACACACUUCAAACCUUUGACUCCUGAUCAGGAUGAACCUCCUUUUAAAUCAGCAUAUAGCUCUUUUGUAAAUCUUUUUCGAUUCAGUAAAGAGAGACCAGAAGGUGGACAGGGAGAUCAGCAGUCUCUGACUGGAAAUUGGGCCAGCCCUCAACACUCUUCAAGGACACAAUCUGUGAGAUCCCCCAUAGCCUAUAAAAAGCAGCUCAAUGAGGAGCUACAUCGUCGAUCAUCUACUGUUUUAGAUACCAGAAGGAAAACUGAAGCUGUUGUAGGAGGCCAUGAUCCUCGAACAGCUGUCCAGCUUCGAAGUCUCAGCACAGUAUUAAAGCGUCUCAAGGAAAUCAUGGAGGGGAAAAGCCAGGAUAGUGACCUGAAGCAGUACUGGAUGCCAGACAGCCAAUGUAAGGAAUGUUAUGAUUGUAGUGAGAAGUUUACCACCUUUAGGCGUAGACACCAUUGCCGACUAUGUGGUCAGAUCUUUUGUAGCCGAUGCUGUAAUCAGGAAAUCCCUGGAAAAUUUAUGGGCUAUACAGGGGAUCUUCGAGCUUGCACUUAUUGUCGAAAAAUAGCUUUAAGUUAUGCUCAUUCCACAGAUAGUAAUUCCAUCGGGGAGGAUUUGAAUGCUCUCUCAGAUUCUGCCUCCUCUGUUUCUAUACUGGAUCCCAUUGAACCACGCACACCUGUAGGUAGUAGAAAAGCGAGUCGGAACAUAUUUCUAGAGGAGGAUUUAGCCUGGCAAAGUUUGAUUCAUCCAGACUCCUCAAAUACUACUCUCUCUACAAGACUUGUGUCUGUUCAAGAGGAUGCUGGGAAAUCUCCUGCUCGAAAUAGAUCAGCCAGUAUUACUAACUUGUCAUUGGAUCGGUCUGGUUCUCCGAUGGUUCCCUCCUAUGAGACAUCUGUCAGUCCUCAGGCUAAUCGAACGUAUGUGAAAACAGAGACCAGUGAGGAUGAGCGCAAAAUUCUUCUGGACUCUGUUCAGUUAAAAGACUUGUGGAAGAAAAUCUGCCAUCAUAGUACUGGAAUGGAGUUCCAGGAUCACCGCUAUUGGCUGAGGACUCACCCCAACUGCAUUGUAGGAAAGGAAUUGGUCAAUUGGUUAAUCCGAAAUGGACAUGUAACCACAAGAGCUCAAGCCGUAGCAAUUGGACAAGCAAUGGUUGAUGGACGUUGGCUAGACUGUGUCAGUCACCAUGAUCAGAUCUUCAGGGAUGAAUAUGCCUUAUAUAGACCACUACAGAGCACAGAUUUUUCCGAGACGCCUUCUCCAGACAGUGACUCAGUAAACUCUGUUGAGGGACACUCUGAGCCAUCCUGGUUUAAAGAUAUCAAGUUUGAUGACAGUGACACGGAGCAGAUUGCUGAAGAAGGGGAAGAGAAUUUAGCCAAUUCUGCCAGUCCUAGCAAGCGUACAUCAGUCAGCAGCUUCCAGUCCACAAUGGACAGUGACUCAGCCGCUUCUAUCAGCCUGAACGUGGAGCUGGACAACGUGAACUUCCAUAUCAAGAAGCCCUCCAAGUACCCACAUGUGCCCCCUCACCCUGCUGACCAAAAAGAACAUUUGAUUUCUGACAAUGGAGGACAACAGAUCUCAAUAAGUGACGCCUUCAUUAAAGAGUCCCUAUUCAACCGACGGGUAGAGGAGAAAUCCAAGGAGCUGCCUUUUACACCUUUAGGUUGGCAUCAUAGCAACCUGGAGCUCCUAAGGGAGGAAAAUGGGGAGAAGCAGGCCAUGGAGAGAUUACUUUCAGCUAAUCAUAACCACAUGAUGGCACUACUCCAACAACUACUCUACAAUGACUCAUUAUCAACAUCCUGGAGAGAUAUCAUUGUUCCAGUGGUCUGUCAGGUGGUUCAGACUGUACGACCUGAUGUCAAAAAUAAGGAUGAUGACAUGGAUAUCCGUCAGUUUGUCCACAUCAAAAAAAUUCCAGGUGGGAAGAAAUUUGAUUCUAUGGUUGUCAAUGGCUUUGUGUGUACCAAGAAUAUUGCACAUAAAAAGAUGAAUUCUUCUAUUAAAAAUCCCAAAAUCCUUUUAUUGAAGUGUUCCAUUGAGUAUCUCUACAGAGAAGAAACCAAAUUUACUUGCAUUGAUCCAAUUGUUCUUCAGGAAAGAGAAUUCUUGAAGAAUUAUGUACAGCGGAUAGUCGAUGUCCGACCUACUUUGGUUCUAGUUGAAAAAACUGUGUCACGAAUUGCCCAGGAUAUGUUGCUGGAACAUGGUAUUACUUUAGUCAUUAAUGUAAAACCGCAAGUUUUAGAUCGAAUAAGUCGGAUGACCCAAGGUGACCUAGUGAUGUCAAUGGAUCAGUUGCUCACAAAGCCCUACUUAGGAACUUGUCAUAAAUUUUACAUGCAGACAUUUCAGCUCCCUAAUGAUCAAACAAAAACACUAAUGUUCUUUGAAGGCUGUCCACAGCAUCUGGGGUGUACCAUCAAAUUGAGAGGAGGCUCUGAUUAUGAGCUAGCUCGAGUGAAGGAUAUCCUUAUAUUCAUGAUCUGUGUGGCUUACCAUUCUCAGCUGGAAAUCUCUUUCCUUAUGGAUGAAUUUGCCAUGCCACCAACAUUAACAAAACAUAGUUCAUUUCAUUCUCUAAUUGAAGAACAGGGAAAUGAUGGGGGUCAGCAGGAAAUGAAGGACCAGUUCAGUGGGAGCCCCCUUCCUAGGGAGGCUGACUUUCUUCCUGACAAAUUGCCUGUAAUAUCUGAGUCUUUGUCUUCUGAUGAUAGUAACCAGCUGGAAUCAAGGACUCUGUUUGAGAAAGCUUACCAGGAAAGUGAAAGUGUUCCACAGGAUAGUGCCUCUUUGAAACAUCAGGAGCAUUUUGCAACGCCUGGACCAUCAGUGAUACCCACUCUCUUUCCAUCAGUACCAGACUCAUUAUUGCCCAUCCACAUUGAAGACCAGGAUGAUGCGUUUGAUAAUGAAUCAGAGGCCUUGUUGCAAAGAGAUAAGAUACAGGAGCCCAAAAAUCAGAUGAGAGUCUUCAGAGACCCUCUUCAGGAUGAUACAGGAUUUUAUGUUGCAGAAGAAGUGACAUCUUCUGAAGAUAAGCUCAAGACUCAUUCUUUAGCCUUUAAACAAGAAUUGAAAGAUGUUAUCCUUUGUAUCUCUCCAGUAAUCACAUUCCGGGAACCCUUCCUCCUAACUGAAAAAGGCAUGAAGUGCCCUACACGGGACUAUUUCCCAGAGCAGGUUUAUUUGUCUCCUCUACUCAAUAAAGAGUUAAGGGAGCUAGAGAGCAGAAGGAAGAAACAGCUUCUAAGAGAUCUUUCUGGACUUCAAGGCAUGAAUGGAAGUGUUCAAGCAAAACCUAUUCAAGUAUUACCAUCCCAUGAGCUAGUGAGCACCAGAAUUACAGAACAUUUGGGUGAGAGUCAGAGCUUGGGUAGAAUGCUGGCAGAUUACCGGGCCCGAGGAGGACGCAUACAGCAGAAAAAUGCAGACCCUUUUGUUCAGUCAAAGGAUUCACCAGAUAAUUCUGGUGGAAGAUCUGGAAGUAAAACUGAGGGAGAUGAAGAUAGAGUUCCAAGUCAGAGUGAUGCAGUAUGGGCCACAAAGGUGGACUGUCUGAGUGCUGUCAACCAUCAAAGGCUUUGUGUGCUUUUUAGUAGUUCUUCUGCCCAGUCCAGCAAUGCUCCCAGUGCAUGUGUUAGUCCUUGGAUUGUGACCAUGGAAUUUUAUGGGAAGAAUGACCUCACUUUAGGAAUAUUUUUAGAGAGGUAUUGUUUCAGGCCUUCUUACCAUUGUCCCAGCAUGUUUUGUGAUACUCCUAUGGUACAUCAUAUUCGUCGAUUUGUGCAUGGGCAGGGUUGUGUCCAGAUCGUAUUGAAAGAACUGGAUUCUCCAGUGCCUGGAUAUCAACACACAAUUCUUACCUAUUCCUGGUGUAGAAUCUGCAAACAGGUAACACCAGUUGUUGCUCUUUCCAAUGAUUCCUGGUCAAUGUCAUUUGCAAAAUACCUUGAGCUUAGAUUUUAUGGACACCAGUAUACUCGGAGAGCCAAUGUUGAACCAUGUGGUCACUCUAUCCACCAUGAUUAUCAUCAGUAUUUCUCCUAUAACCAAAUGGUAGCUUCCUUCAGUUAUUCUCCCAUUCGGCUUCUUGAAGUAUGUGUUCCAUUUCCCAAAAUAUACAUCAAACGUCAGGCCCCAUUAAAACUGUCCAUUCUUCAGGAUCUUAAGGACUUCUUUCAAAAAGUGUCACAGGUAUAUCUUGCUGUUGAUGAACGGCUCGCCUCUUUGAAAACUGAUACAUUUAGCAAAACAAGAGAGGAAAAGAUGGAAGACAUCUUUGCACAAAAAGAGAUGGAGGAAGGUGAGUUCAAGAACUGGAUUGAGAAGAUGCAAGCAAGGCUGAUGACUUCCUCAAAAGAAACCCCUCAACAGCUGCAGUCAGUCUUUGAAUCUCUAAUUGCCAAGAAACAAAGCCUUUGUGAAAUGUUGCAAGCCUGGAAUAGCAGAUUACAGGAUCUUUUUCAACAGGAGAAAGGUAGGAAGCGUCCUUCGGUUCCUCCAAGCCCUGGAAGAAUGAGACAAGGAGAAGAUAGUAAGAUAAGUGCAAUGGAUGCAUCUCCACGCAAUGUUUCUCCUGGACUUCAGAAUGGGGAAAAAGAGGAUCGAUUCUUAACCACCCUAUCAAGUCAGAGUUCCACAAACUCCACACAUCUUCAACUGCCUACUCCUCCUGAAGUCCUGUCUGAGCAGUUGAUGGGAGGGCCUUCUGAAGCAGAUACAACGAGUAGCUCAGAAGAUGUAUUUGAUGGACAUUUAUUGGGAUCUACAGACAGCCAAGUGAAAGAAAAGUCAACAAUGAAGGCUAUAUUUGCAAAUUUGCUUCCAGGAAAUAGCUAUAAUCCUAUCCCCUUUCCUUUUGACCCAGAUAAGCACUAUUUAAUGUAUGAACAUGAACGUGUACCCAUUGCAGUCUGUGAGAAGGAACCCAGCUCCAUUAUUGCUUUUGCUCUCAGUUGUAAGGAGUACAAAAAUGCCUUAGAUGAAUUAUCCAAAGUGUCUCUGCGGAAUACUGCUGAGGAAGUGCUGCAAGCAAGCAGUACUUUGGACAGCAGACCCAAGAGUAGCAGCCCUGUCAGAUUACCUGAGAUCACAGGGGGACCAGCAAGCCGACCAGCAGAAGCCGAACCUCAGCCACCCAAAAAGGCUUCGGGAGUGUUGUCUUUCUUCCGUGGCACAGGGGGGAAGAGCCCCGACCUGUCUUCCCAAAAGAAGGAGACUUUACGUGGUGCAGAUAGCGCUUACUACCAGGUUGGGCAGAUGGGCAAAGAAGGGACAGAGAACCAAGGAAUAGAACCUCAAGAUGAAAUAGAUGGAGGAGAGACCCAAAAAAAACAACUCACAAAUCCUCAUGUAGAGCUUCAGUUUUCUGAUGCUAAUGCCAAGUUUUAUUGCCGGCUCUAUUAUGCUGGAGAAUUUCAUAAGAUGCGUGAAGUAAUCUUGGGGAGCAGCGAAGAGGAUUUUAUCCGUUCCCUUUCUCACUCUUUGCCCUGGCAAGCCAGGGGUGGAAAGUCAGGAGCUGCAUUUUAUGUGACGGAAGAUGACAGAUUCAUUUUGAAGCAGAUGCCCCGCCUGGAGGUCCAGUCUUUCCUUGACUUUGCACCGCACUACUUCACUUACAUUACUAAUGCUGUACAGCAGAAGAGGCCCACAGCUUUGGCCAAAAUUCUUGGGGUUUACCGAAUUGGUUAUAAGAACUCUCAGAAUAAUACUGAGAAGAAGCUGGAUCUUUUGGUCAUGGAAAAUCUCUUCUAUGGGAGAAAGAUGGCUCAGGUUUUUGAUCUGAAGGGUUCUCUUAGGAACCGAAAUGUAAAAACAGACACUGGGAAAGAGAGCUGCGAUGUUGUUCUGCUAGAUGAAAAUCUCUUAAAGAUGGUUCGAGAUAACCCUCUGUACAUCCGUUCUCAUUGCAAAGCUGUGCUGAGAGCCUCUAUCCAUAGUGACUCCCAUUUUCUCUCCAGUCACCUCAUUAUAGACUAUUCUUUACUGGUGGGACGAGAUGAUACCAGUAAUGAACUGGUAGUUGGAAUUAUUGAUUAUAUCAGAACAUUUACAUGGGACAAAAAGCUUGAAAUGGUAGUGAAAUCAUCAGGAAUUUUAGGAGGUCAAGGUAAGAUGCCAACAGUAGUCUCUCCAGAAUUGUAUAGGACUAGAUUUUGUGAAGCAAUGGACAAGUAUUUCCUAAUGGUGCCUGACCACUGGACAGGACUGGGUCUCAAUUGCUGAGAUGAAGCCCAUGUUUUCAAGUGAGCUAGAGAGAAGUAGGAACAGAAGAAGAGGACCAAAAAGAAGCUCCAGGCCUGUCCUGUCCUUCACAUCUGCCACUAUAUGCAAAGGCUUCUAAUUUCGAUUCUUGUAGAGGCCAAAUGUACCUCAAAUGUAAAAUCUGCAUCUUAAUCUGCACUUUUUUCCUGAUACAAGUGAGUUAGCUGUGCACUGUCAGGAAACGUUGGAAAAAACAACCUCUUUUCUUCAUUUGGAUCGGAGGGUAGAGACAAGUAUCAAAGGGCCAAAAGUGAAAUGUACAGCUAUGGGACAGUAAAUAAGAGGGUGGUGAUAGGGAAACCUAAGUAUUGUCUAACCAUGAGAACUGAAGGGCGACCAACAUACUGUUCUGCCCCCAUCUUUUGAAAACAUUUUUGGCGAGUUCUUAUUUUGCAUUUUGGGUAUACAAUCUAAUAUGAAUUAUCAUCAGAAUUUUAAAAUAGGUAUACAUUUGCCUAGUGGUUAGGUGGGGGUUCAUUUUUGUUUUAUGAAGUAUUCCUCCAUUAAUGGCCAGUCAUAUAGGUCAGUGUGAUGUAUUACCGUAGCAUAAAGAUUUGUCAGAAGGUGGUUUUUAUCUUUCCUGUAAGAACUGUAUUACUUGUAUAUCCCUGUAACUUUUUCCUACUUAAGUAUUUAUGAUGGUUUACACAAUAGGUCCUCAGGCUCUUAUAAGUGCUGCCAUUAUGAACAUUUUAGCUGACUGAUGCCUACAGCAAUCACCAUAAGUCAUUUUGCAGUACUAACUUUUUUUUCUUUGUAUAAAGAUUUUAUGCAAUUUAAUAUAUUUUAACUAUAUCUUGUUUCUAUGUCCUCACCAUUUAAUCUCCCUCCCCCUUCCCCUAACAUGUUAAAAAAAAAAAAGUCAAUCAAGUCUCUGAUCACUUAUUAAAUCUUGAAUGGAGUGUUCUUAUCUUACCUCCCCAAAGCUACCUGAUUCACCAAGUGAAGAAGGCAGUCUAGUGUUUGUUUUAUGAAGGUGAAUCAGCUCAGAUUUCUUCCAUUGUAAAGCAGCCCAAGUUGAAUCUGUGGCAUUUCAGAAUUUCUAGUGGCCUAAAGUAAAUCUGCAUCCUUCACCUAAGCUAAUUUUCUACCUUCUUCCUGUUAGGCCAGUUCUUAGUACUCUGAGAUAUUAGAUAAAGUGUUACCUCUCAGGUGUAUAUAUUCCAUUUCAUGGUCCUUUAUUGCUAAUCGUUUAAUGGUUAAUGUAUUUAAAAGAAUAUGAGCAAGGAAAACCAGAUUUUUUCUUAGGAAACAUAUUUGGGUGCCCCAAAGAAUACCUUAAAAAUAAUCUUUUGAGGGGAGGCUAGUGGCGCAGUGGAUAAAGCACCGGCCCUGGAGUCAGGAGUACCUGAGUUCAAAUCCGGCCUCAGACACUUAACACUUACUAGCUGUGUGACCCUUGGCAAGUCACUUAACCCCAAUUGCCUCACUAAAAAAACCAACCAAACAAAAAAAAUAAUAAUCUUUUGAAACCAGAUUAUUUCCCCUUGAUUAUUUCCUACAUUAUGAGUGGUUGAGCCAUAAUUAUUUCAAGUAACAGAUUCCCCAGUAUUUAUUCAGCAUUCAUUCUUCAUGUAGUUAAAAAAAAAUGGGAUAUUUUCAAGUUCAGAAAUCUGGGCACCCAAAAUAACAAUUCUUUGAAAGUUUGUUUUGGAAAAUUAAAGCACUAACUUGAUUUGUGCUUACUAGAAACUUGUUUGCUAUAAUAAAUAAGCUUUCCAGGGAUUUAUGGAUUGCUAUAACAUGAAGAUAAGCACUUUUUUGUUUAUACUUUAACAAAAAAAAUCUGUGCCCUUUUGUAGAUUAAAAAAAAGGUUAGUGGUUUAAAUUUUGAUAUUUUACUAAAAAGGAAGGUUUUCUACAGAGAUGAGAAGUGUGGGCAUUGUUAUUCUCAUCUUAAAUAUAUAGUAAAAUUGUGCUUUGGUUCCUAUAAAGUGGGUGACAGAAUCCAUGAAGAUCAUAAUAUAUUUUUACUUUUGUCAUUUAUAUAGAGUGACUCCAUUAGAAAUAGUGCUCUUUAUUUUUCACAAUGAGUAGAGAAAGCAAGUUCAGGUCAAUAUUUCCACAGUAAGUUCAGUAAAUUGGGCUCAGUUACUUGAUUUCUAAAUAUAGUUUGAGACUGGAUUGCUCUUCCAAUGCCUUAGAAAAUUUCAAAUCUCAUAUAGCCAUAUUCUAGAAUGUAGAGAAUGGUAGUGAUGGGAUUUUGGGGAUGUUGAGUAGAAGAUGGCUUUUAUAGUCUUCUGUCAAGUAAUCAUGUCUAGUCAUUUUCCUUUUCAGUAAGAGUCACUUUCUAUGAGAAGAAUUUCUAAAUCAAGACAUUCAGAUAUUUACUACUUAUUUAGAAUGUUGAUGUACAUCUUAACUUCACCAAUUUAGUUCAACAAGUACUUAAACAAGUUACUAUGCUCAGGAAAGACAGGUUUUGAACGCAAAAUAAAGCUUUGACUUGCUAACUUAUUUCUUCUGUCAGGGUAUUAAGGGUUUUAUCUUCUGACUACUUUUCUCUACCUUUGAUAAGGAAGAAUUUACUAGAAUGCUUUAACUUGUUUCAAACCCCAACCCCCCCCCCCCAAUCAAAGAUGGCCUUUUUUUCAAUACCAUAUGCAGUGGCUAUAAAAUAAUAUGGAUAUGAUUAAAUACAUAAUGCCUUUGUUUUUUGUGCACAAAAGAAAAAUCCCUGAAUGCCAUUUUAAAAACACCACUGUAUAGUAGAACUUGGUAGAAGCUUCUAUAUAACCAUGUUUUGUUUUGUUUUUCAAGAUAAAUCUUGAAACAACAGAAACAAUUGCCUUCUAGGAAUGACCUUUACCUUUAAAACCAGCUUCACAGCUGAGAGUAGGAAAUAUAAGGUAACUUUAAUUAAUUCACAGAACGAAUUUGUCUCAGAAUUAGAAUUUAAGCCUUUUGCUUUAAAUAAAUGAGUAAACCGUGGUGGCUUAUUGUUGUUGUUUUUGCCACUUGUAACAGGUUUUUCAAAUAUAAUAACUGUAAAGUGAAUGUCUAAAAGUGGCUGACCUCUUUUCUCUCCUUCCCUGUCAUUGACUUGAAAAUAUUAAUAUUUAAAAAUUAGGGACCAGGAAGAAACUUUCAUGUUUUUGUUCUUAGAAAAAAUGAAAGCGUAAUUGAUGAAUGAAAGUAAACUGUGUAUAUUACUUUACAGCAGUCUUUUGAACAACUUUUUCAAAAUGCAUAGUUUUUACUGGCAUCAAAGACUGAUAAAAACAGUUUGUCAAGUAUUAUCCAAGGGUAAAGAUAAUAAAUGGUACCAUCAUUUAAGAGAAUAAGAGCUUUCUCAAGCACUUUGAACAUUUAGAUACUUUCAACUUAUAAAUGUAUCAAAACCAUUAACAUUACAAAAAAGAACCUAUUAAUUAUGUCUGUGAAACAGGAAUGGAUUUUUUUCUUAUUUUUAAUACUAUGGGUAGCAGAGUUAACACCAGCUUUUGUUGUUUCAGUCAGAAGCUUCUCUUUAGCCCUGCUCCCAUUUGAAACUGACUUAUUCAAAACUGAUUAACAAGGAAGGCUGUCUAUACUCUUUAGGAAAUUUGCUUUUAGAUCCUGGUGAAGGACCGAAAAGAGAGCUGAGAAAAAUGUGAUCUUGACUGGGGAAACAAGACCGGCCAUGACCCCUAGGUAUCGUUGACAGAGCUAAUGGGGAUCAGGCAUUAUUGUCUAGUGCAAUGUCUUUUUUUCUUUUUAAGAAGGGUGCAUUGUAUUAUAGGAAAAUAAAUUACAAUCAUGGGCAGUGUUUUAUAAAACACUGCUUUUAUCAGUUUUGUAUAAAUGUAAGAUGAAUUUUUGACUGUUCAUUUUAAAUAGGAAAAUUACUUGUGUUGUAUAUCACAAUAAUUUUUAAUUAAAGGAGAUCCAGCUAACUGUUGAAAGCACUUGAUGUAUUAUAAUGUAUAUAUUUCUAUUCUACUUUGAUUCUAGAUGUUUUAUAUGAUUGACAUGCUAACUAUUUAAGUGAUAUUUCCCAUGACUUUGGAAAAUUGUAUUGUAUAUAAAUAAGAGUUCCAAUAAAUUAAGAUUUUAUUUCA